CAGCAGCAGCAGCAACAACUGCAACAGCAGCCGCUGUGGCAGGCUUGGCUCCUGGCCAGCUGGCGGGGAGCCCUAGAAGGGAGGGAGGAGAAAGGGGAGGAAGAGGAGAAGGAGGGGGAGGAGAGGAGCAGUCAGCAGGCCCGAGGAGGCAGGACUUCCUGGUGUGGGGGUUGUCAACAGCCCAGAAAGAGAAAGACAGAGAGAGUGAGACCAAGAGUAGAGGAGGAGAGACCGACCCAGCGGGGCCACGCGGAGGAGAUUUGGGAGACCCACCCGCUCAGACCGCGGAGGCCGGCCGCCCCCUUCCACAUCGGUUUCGACACCUUUGGGUCUUCAGAGCCGCGCCUGGGCUCCACCAGCGAGGCGUGGGUUCCUUCUUUUCUGGAGAACAAACUUUGCACAGAGAUGCCUCCCAGGGUGAGGUGCUGCCCCGGAGGAUUGGGCAGCCUCUGAUCGCCGCCUGCGUGUUCCGCAUUGCCCGGGGCCGGGAGGCCCCAGGAAAGAACAGCCCGACAUCUUAGGCGCUGGGACCCCCCACUCGGCUCAGUGGUAGGCCGGAGAGUUUGCAAACUCAGCUCUGGAGUUCAGCAGUGGCAGCAGCAGGAAAAACCUGCCCCGGCCCCCCCACCUCCCGCCACCUUCCCUAACCUGUACUCACUUCACCAACCACGCACCCCCAGUUCCUGCAAGGCUCUUUUCUGCUAUGUCUGACCCAGACAUCCCCAGGGGCCCUGAUGCCCCCGCCAUGUGGCCCCCCUGUUCCAGGGGUGCCUGAGCCCCUAAAAGAGCCCCAGACUCCCAUCUCGGCCCAGUCCUGAGCCCCAGGAACCAUGAGUGGGGGCAGGAAGAAGAGUAGUUUCCAAAUCACCAGCGUCACCACGGACUAUGAGGGCCCAGGUAGCCCAGGAGGUUCAGAUUCCCCUGCCCUGCCUGCUCCUACUGGGCCCCGCCUGCCCAACGGGGAGCCCAACCCUGAUCCAGGGGGCAAGAGCACCCCCAGGAAUGGCUCUCCACCGCCUGGAGCCCCUGCCUCUCGUUUCCGGGUGGUGAAGCUGCCCCACGGCUUGGGAGAGCCCUAUCGACGAGGUCGUUGGACGUGUGUGGAUGUUUACGAGAGAGACCUGGAGCCCCCAAGCUUUGGCCGGCUCCUGGAGGGAAUUCGAGGGGCCUCAGGAGGGACCGGGGGCCGAUCUUUGGAUUCCAGAUUGGAGCUGGCCAGCUUGGGCCUGGGCGCCCCUACCCCACAAUCAGGCCUGUCUCAGGGCCCCUCCUCCUGGCUACGCCCACCCCCCACUUCCCCUGGACCUCAGGCCCGCUCCUUCACUGGGGGGUUGGGCCAGCUGGUGGUACCUGGCAAAGCCAAAGUGGAGACAUCCCCCUUGUCAGCCUCCUCACCACAGCAGCGCCCCCAAGAGCCUGGGACCAGGGAUAGCUUGGGCACUUCUCGGGCCACCACGCCUCUGCCCUCCCUGAGGGUGGAAGUGGAGGCUGGGGGCUCAGCAGCUGGAACCCCUCCACUGUCUCAACGGAAAGAUGGAGAUGUGCGGCUGAGGAUGGAGUUGGUUGCUCCAGAGGAGAUGGGGCAGGUGCCUACACUUGACUCUCGUCCCAGCUCCCCUGCAUUCUACUUCUUCCCUGAUGCCAAUCAGGUUCACAAGUCUCCAGACCCCUUUGGGGCAGCAGCAGCCCAGAGCCUCAGCCUGGCCCGCUCCAUGUUGGCUAUCAGUGGUCACCUGGACAGUGAUGAUGAUAGGUCUGAUCACCCCCUUGGUUGCUCCACCUGUCAGCACCUUCUGCACCCAGAGUUUGGACAGGAAAUGGAAAAUUUCCAGCUCCCUCACACUUUCUUCUGGCUGCCUCAUCCAGGGUCACCUUGAAUUGAAUGCUACUCCCCCCCCACCCUGCAGGGAAGCCAAUUGGAGUUGACAGCCAGGAGGGAGGGCUUCCAGGGGAGCACAGGGUGUGGGCUAUAGCAUGUUGGGGCCGCCUCUCUGAGAGGGGCUCAGUGGGGGUCUGGAGGACAGGGCUCUUGAUCCUGACCCUGCAGCACAGCAGGGCAAGGGGAGAGGGAAGGCACAGGAGCUGGGGCAGGUCACGGGCCACAGGUGAGGCAGGGCUUGGGACCUGAGUGGUAGAAGAGGGUGCCCUGGAGGAUGAGACAGGGUGCAAGAGCCUGUGCAGGCUGUAAGCCAUGAGAGAGGGGCUUGAGGGAAAGCCAGGUUCUGAAACCCAGAAGGGUGGGGCCGGGCUAAAAGGGCUGUUGAGCCAGGCCUGAGUCGACCUCUGGUGGCCACUUUACAAACUGCAGCCAAUCCUGCUCUCCACUGCCUGUCAUCCUCCAGGUUGUCUUCAAAGCCAUUGCUCCUAUGCUGAGUAUCCUACCUCCAAUUUCACCUUCCUCCCUCCCUUCAAGCCCUCAUUCCCUGUAAGACUGCAGACCUCCAAGAUCCCAGACCCAGGUUGCAGAUCCAUAGGCUGUUUUUGUCCUGUAGGACUCUGGCUCAGCUUCCAUUGCUGUGCUAAUCUUUCCUAUUUCUCCUUUCCUUCACUGUGGAAGGUGAAGGACCCUCUCGCCCAGGCCCCAGGGCUCACCCUUGAUGUGAGCUUUGUGUUUGGGAGGUGAGGUCAGUCCAUGGAAGACCACAGUAUGUGAGAACCUCCCCCCACUCCACCUAUCCCUUUCCUGAGGCCUUGAGGGACCAGCUCAUCUGAAGGGGGCAGGAUGGGGUCAGGGUGGGGCCAGGAUCUUCCCCACCUUUCACAUCCCUCUCAGACCUAGGCUUCAUUCCCUGAGGCCCCUCCCCAGACCAGGCCACCAGCUGACUUCCCUCCACCAGCCCCAGCCCCCUCCCCUCCACUCUGGGAUUGGUGCCAGGGUGAGAAGGGGACACUGGCACUGACCAUGUCUGGGAAUUCCCGCCCACCGUGGAGCCAGGGGGGUUGGUCCCCGUGCCCCCAAGGAGCCAAUAGCAGCCAGGCCUUGCCCUGGGGGGUGGUGUAUAUCUUUCAGGCCAGCACCCUCUAGGCGCUAUCUCCUCUGCCUGCUUGGCACCAACCAGACCCCACUCUGCCUGGGGGGCUCUGAGCCCCCCAGGUACUCCCUUUGACACAGCCUUCUUGGGCCUGGGGACCCUCUUCCCUCAGGGAUGGCCCAGCCAGGGGUCUCUGUCAAGUCCCUUGUGUUAUCUUAUGAGACUCAAGUGGUGGGGAUGGCUCCAGGGCCACCAAGAAAAAGGGGCUGUGUCUCUUCCCCUUGCUCCCCUAGAGGGGCAUCUCCUAUUCGAGGGGCAUCUGGACC